AUGGCCCCCUUAAGCGGCAACGUGAUACAUUUCAAGGAAGCGUCGAGCCUUGUCUACGGACCUCUAGAUCAUCUGUCGGAAGAGGCUGCCGCCGCCUGGACACCGCCAGACAAUCCUGGGGCGGGCGGUCAUCGCGGCCGAUAUCUGUGGACAGAUGCCUUUGGCCUUAUUAACUUCAUUACCCUGUCCAAGGAGACGGCGUCGCCCGUCUAUCUAACCUUGGCCAAACGGCUCGCGGUCACAGUUCAUGAUGUGCUUGGGAGGACGCGAGAUGGUACUGCCCGACUGCCGCGGGCCACUGAUGCGGAACCUCUCAAGGGCGGGCUCCGCAUUGGCAAGGUCGAGGCUCAUGGAAGCGACGGUGAUGGCCAAUAUCACCACUACCUUACGUUGUGGAUGUUUGCCUUGAACCGUCUAGCCUUGUCAUCUGGCGACAAGAAAUACAACCAGCUUGCUGUCCAGCUGGCCAAGGCUGUCCAUCCCCAUUUUGUCCUGCGUAAGGGAGCAGGCGGCCUUCGCAUGGUCUGGAAGGUAUCAACCGAUAUGGAAAAUGUCCUUGUGCCAUCUGAGGGCCAUCUCGAUGCGGCCACGGGCUUUGUAGUCUACCGGCUACUUCAGCGCACUGCAGAGCACCUCCACGGGCCCCCGGGUGUCCUCAACAAUGAGAUUGCCGACUACCGCCAGCUCAUAAGCCACGAGGUCAAGAUGCGGACCAGCAGCGACCCGCUCGACCUGGGAAUGGGGCUCUGGAUGUGCCAUUUCUUUCGGGACGAGGACUGGGCGAGUGUGCUGGGCAGUCAGAGCCUCGAGGUGGCACGUAUCAUUCUUGACGAGAAACACGGGCUGAUGGCAAGGGAUCCGGCUCGCCGGCUGGCCUUUCGAGAGUUUGGGGCUUGCUUGGGUCUCGAAUGCUUUGGGAUCGACGACGAGUUGACAGCGCGCGUAGCCGCUGUUAUAGACUUCUGGCAGAAAUACCUCUAUGGUUCGGCUGAGGAAGAUCUUCGUCCUAUCUCGCUCGUCAUGUAUGCCUCGGCACUAAUACCGGGAGGUCAGUAUGCCAGAGCCAUGAUCGUUCUGAAACCCAUAAGAGAACUGGUUUGCUAA